UAGCGCGACCACUUCCGGCCUCCGCAGCUCGGCGCCGUGACCGGGUGGGAAAAUGUCAAAAGUUACUUUUAAAAUCACACUGACAUCAGAUCCAAAGUUGCCAUACAAAGUGCUGAGUGUACCUGAAGCCACCCCUUUCACUGCAGUUUUGAAGUUUGCAGCAGAAGAGUUUAAAGUACCUGCAGCGAGCAGUGCUAUUAUAACGAAUGAUGGAAUCGGAAUCAACCCAGCUCAAACAGCAGGAAAUAUUUUCUUGAAGCAUGGGUCAGAACUGCGACUUAUUCCUAGAGAUCGAGUCGGAAGCCAUUAACAGUUUUUCACCUAGAACGUAUCACUCUGCUGAAGAGAGCUAUUUUUAGAUUUGUUUUGAACAUGAGACUUUCUGAUUUUAAUAUGCAUUCAUUUUAAGUACUAGUUGGAUGCCAAGAGUCUGAUGAAAUGUAAUCAUUAAGUGGUGUAUGCAAGGAAUUUUCCAAAGCAUUCUUCAUGAAGACUGUUUGUAAAAUGCCUGGCAUUAAAUGAUUGGUUACAUUCCCAAGUAUUUUGAACUGUAUUGUUUGUUUCCUUCCUUCAUUCAAGAGAGAUGAAUGCUGAAAUUUAUUUAUCUAAAGGUAAACUGUAGAAACUUUAAUUAUAUCCCAUCCUAAAACUAUAAGUUUUGAAGUAUAUAUAAUGUUUCAAAAUAAAAACUUAUUUUGUUCAUUGGUUGGAAUUGGUACAGCUUGUCUGGGCAAAAUAUUCUGAACCUUAUUGUUGUAGCCAGAGAUGAAAAUAAAUUAGCUAUCCGAAAUGCUUUAAUUGACAAAACUGUCCUUAAAUUUGACUUAGUUGCAAGCAAGAGUUGCACCCUGUCAGUUUUAUUCCCAAACCUGAAACUGACUGCUUGUACCUAUUAAAAACAAGUAUUAGAUGAGCAACCAUCAAAUCAGGUUUUUUUUUUAUCCUUAUUCAUUCCCUUGGAUUUUAAAUUUUAAAUGAUCAGCCAUGGAAUUUUGAAGUUAAAUUUGUGUCUAAAGCAAUUUAUCAUGAAUGCUGUUCAUUGGAAGACUAACAGAGACUAUGAAGGUCUUAAUGUAAGCCUUAGUUAAUGUAAGUUGUUUCAUAUUAAUCUAUAUUGUGAUUAGUUUUAUUCGUGUUAAUAAGCUGGACCAAAACCAGAAUGUAUUAAUCAUUUUGCUAUUUCAUUGUAGUAAAAUUAUUGCAUUUCGGAAGUUUUUUCUUAAGCACAGAUAUUAACGUACUAAUCUUUUGCUAACAAGGAGAAGUGAAUGCAAUAUGCCAGCAUUACACUUUUAAGAACUUAGGAAAACUUAAGAUUGGUUGAAAGAGAGAGAUUAACUUAUCACUUGAGGCCCUUCAGAAAAUGAUGUAUUUGUCACAAUUUCGUCCUUUUGCUAUGUUGAGUCUGCAGCUUCCUACUGCCCAGCUUGUUUCACUUGACCAGAAGAAUUGGUAAUGGAAUAAAAGUAACUGAUUGCCUUUUUGAAUAUCUGAAUAUUGUCUUUAUUGAAUCUUAAAAUAUAAGUUAGCAAAAACAAACCAGUAAAUAUUUGCCAUUCCACCUUUUUCAUUCUUAUUUAAGUUGGUGUAUAAAUUGCAAUAACUUAGUAAAAGAUUUAAUCAGAA